AUGGACUAUGCUAUAGUACGUUUCGCAAAAAGUGGUCUGAGUAUGGGAGCGAAAGCAGCCAUAAUUUCCGGCUCUAUUGUGAUUGCAUCUACACACCUUGCUGCCUAUCGUCAACGGUUCUCAUCGUGGUACUUACCAGCUUUCUCAGGUGCGCUCGCCGUCGCACUUCAUGAAGCAUUAGUGGGUGGUGUCUUUACGUUUCCGCUUGGUGUCAUUGGUUCUCUGAAGGCAGUUGGAUUGGGAGUCACCUCAGGUGAUUUCAAGAUAAUCAACAUGUUAGAGAUCCAUAAAAUGUUUAUUUUGGAAGUGAUUUCUGAAGAAGUAGUUUGGGUGUUCUUGCGCACAUGA